UUCUUUCUUGAUUCUGGAUAAUUUCCGGAAAAAAUCAUUUGAAUAGUGAAUCAUAAUUCGCAUUAUAUCACAGUUUGGUGAAAUAGUCAUUGAUACUGAAAAUGGCUGAGGAUAAUUCAUGGAAAACGAACAGCUUUCGACAAAGCGUCGUGAACAAAAUUAACGAAGCUAUCCAACAAUCGGGGAUGACAUCCAGCAAAAACGGUUUGGAAAUGGAGAACCACGUCUUCCAGAAGGCUCGCAACAAGGACGAAUAUCUGGGUUACGUGGCUCGGCUGAUCUUGCAUGUCCGCGAGAUGAAUACCAAGAACAAAAAUCAGCAGAAUGCUGCCGGAGGAGCUCAAGAUGGUGGAAAUCCCAAUCAACAGGGUGGUAUGCCGGAUCCGAUAAAUGCUUUACAAACGCUGGCAACACAAGGCACACGUCCGCCAAUGAUGGGUGGCCAGAUGGGUCCGGGAGGUCCCAUGGGCAACCAAAUGGGCGGUGGAAAUGCAUCCAAUUUGCUUAAUACUUUGAAUCGUCCACAAAUGCCCAUGACCGGAGGCAUGGCUGCAAUGCAAGGUCGUGUCGGUGCCAUGGUAGGAGCAAAUCAGAUGGGCGGAAUGAUGCCAGGACAAAUGCAACCCGGGCAACCGGGAAUGCCAGGUAUGCCGAAUCAGAUUGGCGGAGUUAUGGGACCCGGAGGUAUGAGCGGUGGAAAAAUUGUUGGUAUGGGCCAAGGCCAAAUGAAUCCGAUGCAAAUGGGUGGAAGUGGAAUGCCGCAGGGUGUAGGGCAGCAGCAGUCUCAGCAGCAACCUUCUGGGCAGCAGGUUGGCCCGGGAGGUCCAAACCAGAUGAAUCCGAUGGGUGGGAUGGGAGGAAUGCAGGUUAAUCCUGGAGGGCAUAUUAAUCAGAAUGCAUUAAAUCAACAGUUGAACUCGGUUGGAAUGAAUCCAGGCACUGGUCAGAUGGGAAAUAUCAGUGGAAAUAGUCCGAUGAAUCCCGGAAAUAUGGGAAUAGCUCCCAAUCAAGUUAUUCGUCAGCAAAUGCCUCCAGGAAUGAGUCAGCAGCAGCAGCUUGGAAUGGCUGGAGGACAAAUGAAUCCAAUGAAUCAAGGCGUCGGUGGACCAGGAGGGAAUUUGAGUCAAGUGCAGCAACAGCAGCAGUCGGGUCAGGUAGGAAUGGCUGGCAUGGGACCAGGUGGGCCUGGAAAUUUACAGCAAGCGAAUAAUCCUCAACAAGCACAGGGUGGACCUAAUGCUGGCCCUGUUCAAAUGAAUCAAGGAGGUGGACCUGGUGGUAAUAUGCAACAAAUGAAUAACCAAGGAAACUUUGUCCCUAUUGGAGCGAAUCCUAUGGUGAGAAAGCCUCAGGAAAUGAUGAGUGGGGGACAAGUUUAUCCGGGAGGAGCAGUUCGUAGUGUAACUCCGAACCAAUUCCUACGCCAAUCGCCGUCACCAUCGGUUCCAUCACCAGCAGGACCGGGAUCUUUGGGUCCACAGUCCCAUCCAGGCCAAAUGAUACCGAGUCCAGCGCUCAUUCCAUCCCCAAGCCCUCAGGUGGCCAGCAUUCCACCGAGAAAUAUUGGCCAAUCUCCUGGAGCAAACUUGAACACUCCAGGACAACCGGGGGGAGCAGCUCCUAGCCCACUCAAUCCACAGGAAGAACAACUCUACCGUGAGAAGUAUCGUUCGCUGACUAAAUACAUUGAGCCAUUGAAACGCAUGAUUGCCAAAAUGGAAAACGACGACAUAGAUAAGAUGGCCAAAAUGAAACGUUUGUUGGACAUACUGUGCAAUCCCACUUGUCGUAUUCCAUUGGAGACACUCUAUAAGUGCGAAGCAGCAUUAACCAGUCAGCUAGGAUCUAUUCGUGAGACUUCACUCAACAAUCCACUAGUAGAAGCCGUCUCCGCCAACUUGCAAAGCUCGCUGGGAAACCACACUCUACAACGCACUUUCCGGCCAUGUUUGGAAGCGCUCUUCGGUCCGGAUAUAAAGAAUCUACCAACACCAGCCAAACAACCGCGACUUGCUGCAGACGAACCGUCAACCUUGGGUCCUUCGGGGGGUCAAGAGAUUCCACACAUCCUUCAGGGGGAAAUUGCUCGCUUAGAUCAGAAGUUCAAAGUUUCCCUUGACCAAUGCGCCAUUGGCGACACCAAAACAAUCAAACUGAUUUGCUGGCUAGACGACAAACAUCUACCGUGCGUACCACCAGUCGCAGUGACCAUCCCGGAGGACUAUCCAUCCACAUCACCAAGCUGCACGCUGAUCGAACAGGAAUAUAAUGCUACACCGUUCCUCAUACAGGUGCAGAAAGCGUUCCUGGCCCGAAUCUGUAAGCUACCGGAAAUGUUCUCACUCUCUCACCUGCUAGACACGUGGGAGAUGUCCGUUCGUCAGGCAUGCUCACCCAACCCUAGCCUGGUGGCUCCGAGUGCUACCAGCGUUCUGCUAGGAAUGUAAGACCCGAUGUGUGGAUUUUCAUGUAAGUCGGAACUAACUAUUAUUUUUUUAUCAUUUCCCAUACCUACCUUUCUUA